UUCCGCGCUGAGCAUGGCCCGGGGGGCGCCGGCCACCCGCGCGCUUCUGUUGCUGGUACUACCGCCGCUCCUGCCGCAGGUGGGUCGGGCCGCACGCUCGGUUGGGGCCCCCCGAGGGGCGGGUCUGAGCUUGGCCACGCCCCGUCCAGAUUCACCCCUGUCCCCACAGGUGGCGCUGGGCUUCGCGGACGGCUGCGACCCCUCGGACCAGUGCCCGCCUCAAGCCCGCUGGAGUAGCCUUUGGUACGUGGGCCUCAUCCUGCUCGCUGUUCUGCUGCUGCUGCUGUGCGGGGUCACAGCCAGUUGUGUCCGGUUCUGCUGCCUCCGGAAGCAGGCUCAUACCCAGCCACAUCUGCCACCAGCAGGGCAACCCUGUGACCUGACAGUCAUCCCUGUGGACAGUGACAGCCCUGUGCACAGCACUGUGACCUCCUACAGCUCUGUGCAGUACCCACUGGGCAUGCAGCUGCCCCUGCCCUUUGGGGAGCUGGACCUGGACUCCAUGGCCCCUCCUGCCUACAGCCUGUAUAUCCCUGAGCUGCCACCCUCCUAUGAUGAGGCCAUCAAGAUGGCCAAACCCAGAGAAGAGCAGUCGGAGCCUUCCCAGAAGCCCAGCCCUCCACCUGGGCCUUCAGGCCUAGAGACCACCCCAGGGCCCCAGGAGCCCAACACCCCUGGCUGUAGCCCUGGUACCCCUUGAGGGGUUGGGACAACUCUGCUGGAGCCAUCAGACCAGUGUUUGGAGUACUGGCACUUGGAGCCAGAGGUCCCUAGCCCACCUCACCAUCCUUCCCCUGGGAAGGCCAGCCAUCCAGCACAUUGCUGCAGCCCCGGCCUCGUUGCUAUGUAACGCCGGCCAGCCCCCAGGCAGGCUGCUGCUUUCAGUCCCAGUUCCUGGCCCGGCCACAUCAGGCACUCAGCCUGGAGAAGGCCCACAGGCCUGAGCCUCAGGAGCUCAGAGCCAGCUGUGACAUCCACAGCUUUUUUGGAG